UCGGGCUCCUCCAUCCUCGCCCACCCACAGCAAAAGGGCAACCCUCUGCUCAAGGAGCUCACCCACCAACGCUGGGAGCACGCCGAGAUUGCGCCAGACUACCACAUCGCCCAGUCCACCUGCGCCCUCUUCCUCCAAUUGAAAUACCACCGCUUACAUCCCGAGUACAUCCAUCAGCGUAUAAAGGCCAUCAGCGGAAUGUACUCGCAUCGUCUGCUCAUCCUGCAGCACGACGUAGAUGCCUCCAGCUCCGAGCCUGCGAUUCGCGAAUUGACAAAAAUCUCAAUCGUUAAUAAUCUCACUCUGUUGCUCGCGUGGACACCGCAAGAGGCAGCGCAAUGGCUUGAAAAAUACAAGAUGUGCGAGUUUAAAGGAGCAGAAUUGAUUAGGGGAAGGCCAAAGGAGACGCAGAGGGAGAGGAUGAGCGAUGUCCUCACUCAGCCUACAGGGGUCAACAAGGCGGAUGCUACCGCUCUCAUGGCAAAAUUCGGGUCAAUUCGGAACAUCUCCCAAGCCACCGCAGAUGAUUUGUCAGACAUCCCUGGCAUGGGAGAAAUCAAGAUCAAGCGUCUGAGGGAAGCCUUC